UAAAUUUCUCCACACCUUAGUGGAAAAAAAUCUGGGAAAAAAGAGAAACCACUCCCUCUAUGAUCAUAUAUAAUAAGGCCCUGCUGAGGUCUGAUUUAGUGACAAGUCUAAUCAAAACUCAGUGAUUUGCUCUUUCAGAGCAGUUCUACAUCAACAUCAUGGGUAAGUCUUAUAAUAUUUGGUUCUGACCUUUUUCAUACUUUAUAUAUAUAUAUUGUGAGCACUGCAUACAUUUUCUCCAUAAAUAAUUAUUCAAGGGUUUCAGGUGAUAUUUUCUAUGUUGUUUCUAGCAUGCCUUUAUGGAGACAUCCUGAAAAUAGACACCACUGGUGCAUCAGAGGUGACAGCAAAACUAGACAAAUUAACCAUAAAGGGGGUUGAAGCCUCCAAAAAACUGGCUGAGAUUGAUCUGGUCCGGGUAGAGAAAUACAAGAGUAUGAUUAUCAAAGUUGCCAGAGCAAAGCAGAUGGACCCAGCUGUGAUUGCUGCCAUCAUAUCCAGAGAGACCAGAGCCGGAGCCAUCCUGAAGGAUGGAUGGUGCAACAAAGGCUAUUGCUUUGGCCUCAUGCAGGUUGACAAACGCUACCACUCUCUAACUGGUACAUGGGACAGUGAGCUGCAUAUCAUACAAGCUACUGAGAUACUCAUUAGCUUCAUUAAAGAAAUUAAAGUAAAAUUCCCCAACUGGACUCAAGAGCAAUGCUUUAAAGGGGGGAUAUCAGCCUACAACGCAGGCUUGAAGAAUAUCCAAGCGUAUGAACGCAUUGACGUGGCCACCACCGGCGGUGAUUACUCCAAUGAUGUUGUCGCCAGAGCCCAGUGGUUCAAAUGCAAGGGUUACUGAAGAAAAACAACAGUAAACACUACUAUUAGAACAGUGAGAACCACCAGUCCUGAUCCUUAAUAUUAGGCCUACUGUGUUGCUUUGGUUAGUUAGAAAUAGUUAGUAGAUGCUGAUGUAAUCUUUCUCUUUUAAGAGUUUGUGGUGUUUUCAAAAUGAAACUACACAGUGCAUUUCCUGCUAUUAAUGGAGAUUUGAUUAAAUAAAGCUCAUAUUCACUCCAAUCAUGUG